UGAGGAAAGCCUUUUACUGAAAUAAGAAUUUCCGUAUUUUUGCAGCAAGUAACGUAAAAGUGGAGUAAUUAAAGAGGUAAACUUCUGUGUGCAGGGGAGGGCCUGGAAAAGGGACCACUGGCCUUUUAUCUUUUGAAGGAGGAUUUUUUAAAACCAUUAUUCUUCAAAAUAUAGCACCAAUUUGGGGAAAUGUCACUCGUGACCUCUUUUGUCACUUGAGGAGCAUUGCGGAACACGCUGAUUUUUGAGGGAAGACAGUUACUUUGAGCUCCCUGAAGUCCAGCUGUGGACGUGCAGGCCAGCACUGACUGGGGAGCAUUACCCAAACUGGUGUGAGCAGCAAUGACUGGCUGCCCUUGCUUGUGGCAACUGGGCCUGGAAGGAUCCCAAUCCUGAAGGUCAGAUGCUCUUGUCAGGAAUACAUGAUUCCUGCUGGAAAUUAUUUCCAUGAGAUCAGAUGGAUAGAUAUAAUUAGCAGAACCAAGCCAGACAGGAUUCUUACAGGAACAGCUGUGCAGCCAACAAAGUUAUUGUAUCAGAGAUUUUUUUUUCAAUAAAUAUUUUACGCAGAGUCAUAUUUCUUUUCACAACAAACUGGAUCUUAACCCAAAAGGAUUUGCUUUGUGGCAAAGCCAGACAAAGAAAGUGAAGCUCAUGGUUUAUUCUCGUGUCUCAAAAUGUUGAGAUAGGCUGGACAGCGCACGGCAUGGCCCCGCUGUCCCGCCUGCUUGUCCCCGUGCUGCUGGCCCUGGGCUGGAUCGUGGGCUGUGCCCUCAUGGUGUACAUUGUCUUCUGCUGACCACGGAGGGAUGGCAGUGCCACACAGAGCCCUGCGGUGAGAGGAACCGACAAUGAUGUUGAUGAGAAGAACACAGAAGUUCAGUUUAGAUUUCUAAUGACUAAAAUACGUAUAAAAUGAGUUAUUUUUAAUAUCAACCAUGUAAAUGCUGUGCACACUUUGUAUCCAUUAGGAAGGAUCACCAAACCAAUUUCCCUGUUCUCAGAUUAUUUGCAGUUUAGGGAGUGGUUUUUGGAAUCUUGUGGCAGGUGAGAUCCUGCCUGCUUGCUGAACAGCAAACUUUUAAACCAGCUACUAGCAGCUGAGGAACGUCAAGCUUGGUAGGAACAGGCAGGGGUUAAUUUCUCAUGGGGCCUGGGCAAGUAUUUUUAGCCCUGUUAUGGGGAAAAUCUCUUGCACUCUAUUGUCAUGAAACAGAAACGUUGCACGUCCUUGGAGCAGAAAACCCCAGGCUGACUCGGGGCUGGGAGGGCUGAGAGUGUCUGAACCUCAGGCUCACCAGGGGCCCUCCGUGGCUUGUGCUGGGGGUUUGCCUCUUUAAUUACAAUUGGAGAUAAUUAUAUUCCCCCAGUCAAUAACAAGCCAUGUGAACUUCCAGUGACUUUGCCAUUUAAAUCACAACUGAGCAUCAGAUCACUGCAUUUUCACUGACAGCUCUGGGCUUUUGAGCAUGAAGAUUUUUCUACUGAAGAACUGCAGUUCUGAGGAGAUGAAAUCAUUAAUAAUUCAGUCCCCAGUUAAAGCAGAGAAUUGAUUGUGAGAGGCAUGUCUGGAAGAUCUCAGCAAGAUGUAUGUUUAAGGGAAUGUGAAAAAACUCGUAACAACCCUUGAUGGGGUUAAAUAGAGAAAGAAGGUAAUUCUUUACUCCUGCUCACAUAAUUUGUAUAAUUUUGAGAAUGUGAGGAAGGCACAUCAGUCAGACAUCCUGUCUCCAUCUGUGGGCACUGUCUGUUGAGCUUUAGGAAUGGAAACACAAAUAGAUUUGGCCGUGGUGCAGCCGUGAACAUUCCUGGGCCACUCCAGCAGCCAGCCGGAGCACUGAAGUGUGACAUUCCGUUUGGGAAUUGUCUUAGCACCGGGUUUCUUCACCUGGGAAUGAACUGGGGGCACAGGGGGUCCAGUCUCAUCAGAUGUCCUGAAAGAGAGGGGAUAAACCCUGGAGAUUCCCAAUGCCUGCACGGCUGCUGUGUCCUGUGUCACCUGAGCAGCACCUCAGGGAGUCCCUGCAGGUGGGAGCAUCCUCCUCCUCCCCGCAAGGGGCUGCUGAGCCCGGAGCCCACCCUGAGCAGACACCUCAGGGUCUCACCUUCCGCUCCUCGCUGUCUGAGCCCACCCAGACUGCUCCAGCUGUGCCUCCACAGCGACCACGUCGGUGCUUUCACAGCUCACUUCAUUUACCAGGCACGGAGGGAAACAGUUCUGAAAGGGCCCGCUGGCACAAACAGCUCUUUGGGUGUCUCACAACGCUGGGAAUCGAAUGUUUCCAAUUAAACUGUUACAGAGAUAAAAUGUAAACACUACAAUCUGGUUUAGCUUUACCUGAUUUUUGAGAUCUGAUUUGGCAGAGCAAACCAAAAUAACUUUCUAGGCUGGCGUCAAUAUCAUCGAGCUGACUUGCUGCAUGCAAAGCAGCAGUUCCUGCCAGUUUUAUGGGGUAAUAAAGAGAGGAUUAUUCCAAGAAAAUAUGCAUCCCCCACGCUGUUGGAAGAUCACUGAGCACUCUGCAGUGACCUUUUGUAACCACCUUCAGCCAGCCCACCCGGGUGUCUGCUCGUGGUGCAGCUGUACAGCGUGAAGCUCUCCUUACAUGCAGGGCUAAAAGGGGUACCAAAAGCUUUGGGGUUUUUCCUUCCUGAAAAAUAAAACGGGUGUUUGAGAGCCAGGUUCUUUUCUCUCCAGGAGGUGCUGGUGAUUGAGGGGAAAAAACCCAUGCACAUUCAGAUUUCUUGGAAAACGCUGGUGCUGCACUAUUAAAGCGAGGGGAUAACCUCAGUGUCAGGCCACCACACUAUUGUUACAGCAGGAUGCCAGGCUUGCCUCUGCCUGGUUUUCCCUGUUUCCCCUGAACAGCUCUUGGAGUGAAUCAGGUAGAGAGGAGUGUCUGUCCCCCUGUCCUGGGAUGCUGCAUGAGGCAUCCUGGAAACCUCCAGGCCCAUGUUAAUAUGCUUUCAGUGCUCGUAAUCCUGUUAAGGGUCU